AUGCCCAAAAGACCCCAAGAGGCUCAAAUAUCUAACAAGAGUGCAAAGAAGUCUCGACUUUAUAACUCCAGAAUUAUCAGAUCAGAAACUAAUGAUCCAGCAUUCAAAGAUGGUACUCUUGAUGUCCCCAGUUUCGUCAAUUCUCGAAAAUUUGAAAUUGAGCAAUUAGAAAAAUCGCAAUUGAGUUCUAAAAAUGCAAAAUCCACCAGGGUUUUCCAAGCUUUACCUCGGAAGCUUCGAAGAAGAGGGGCUUCUCAUAAUGUGAAAAGGAUUCCUAAAAGAUUGAGAAACAAAGCUAUUAGAGAAAUGUUACUGUCCAAUAAACAAAAGGAGAGUGGUUCAAAAUUGACAACUAAGAAGACUAAAAAAAUCACAGCGAAACAGAUCUAUCAGAUGAAGUUGAAGAAAAAUUUGUUGAAGGUAGCAUCUAAAGUUAACCUUUUGAAGAUUUUACCAAGCGACAAGUUGUUGAAAAAAAACCUCAAUAUUAGAUCAAUGACUAAAAUCCUCAGUAAUCAGAUUAGAGAAUACGAGAGAACCAAGAAACUUGAGUCUGGGAAGCAUAGCCGUGUGGUAAAUAAUAGCUAUGGCUCGUAUGAUAACACCGGAGUGAAUCAGCCUGCACCACCGUUGAUCUCUAAGUUGAAAUAUUUGAAACGUCAAAAGAACUAUAAAUGGCUCUCAACCCAUAUUUGGCAUGCCAAAAGAUUUCAUCUAAUUAAGCGCUGGGGCUGGAAUAUACCUUAUAAACCGACGCAAAAAUCAUUUAAAUUGACUCACAGAAGUUUCAAAAGUUCGGGGUCAAUUGUGUUUGAUACCAGUUAUGAAGGAACAAUAAUUAUCGAAACUACCAGCAAUGGAGAAGAUGGAGAUAAAUCUUGGAACUCUUUGAAAAAUGUGAUCCAGAAUUUAAUUCAAAAGAAGCUUUCCAUUAAUUAUGUGAAUGGAAGAAAAUUUUAUACCGGGAACCUUUACGCUAAACACGAAGGAGAGUUCGAAAUAUUAUCUACCGGUUUAGUGUACUGCAGUAAGGAUACAUCGAAUGUCCGUGUUUUGGUUCAAGUACAUCCAGCAAACUUUCAGGAAUUAUGGUCAAAUUUGAGCUCUCAAUUAUCACAGAAUUUUAAUACCAAGAUGUACGAUUGCCGCUAUUCUAUGGGCAGUAUUGACUUGAUUGGUCCUAAAUCCAUUGAAGCUUUAGUUUCUAUUUUGCAUCCUGUCGAUACGGCGUAUGAUAAAAAAUGGGGGAUGUUGAAUAAUAUCUCAGAAAUAGAGAGUUUGGGAGAGCAGACUAUUUUAUCGUUUCUUAUUCAUGAUCCGAGAUUUCAUAAGAAACCUGUCAGAAGAAGAAGUAAACUAAACAGUGAAGAUCAUGUAUUAGAUUUGAUAAUUGAUAUCAAAAAUGGCAAACUAUCUGAUCCGGAGACCAACAAAUUGUUAUUUUCUGCCGAUGGACGGACUGAAUCUUACAGCAACCAAAUGACAAUUAAGCAGAUCAAUAAGAGAAGAAGAAAAUUGGAAAACCCUGGUCAAGUGAAACUCAAAAUCAAAAAUGAUGAUAGCAAAAUCCCAAUCUUGAUAUUAAUGGAUUCCAAGUCAAAGAGGAUUAAGUUAUUUGCUCCUUGGUAUUGGAUAUCCCCAAUAUGGUAUCAUUUGGUUAAAAUCCCAAAAAUUUUACCAGGGGGGCUUUUGCAAAUUAAUCAAAUCAACUUUGAGAUUAAUAGGCCUUACUAUCCUAAUGACUAUCCAUAUACCAAGGAUGGUUUCAUUGAAAAUGAAUUGAUUGCAAAAGAAGCGGAAGAAAUGUGGAAGAAAAAGCCUAAGAAGAAAAGAUUGAACUAUGAAUCAACGUUAGUUAGUACUUUAGACCAAAGCAAAUAUCAAAUAACUGGAGAGAUGUUCAAUUGGAGUAAUUGCGAUUGGAGAUCUUUACAACUCUUUACAGUUAUUUUGAAAGUUUAUGAGAAAUUAAACGCCAAAAGCAAAGAAGUAACUAAAUUAGAAACCCCGAUUCAGAUUUGGGAUAAUGCAAAGUUUUUAAGAAAAAAUUUUGCUAUCAGUGAUAUUAUCGGCUAUGUGAAAAGUAUCAAGGUCAUUGAUGAUGAAAAGAACGCUAGAGGGGAAAAGCUAGUCAACCCAAUCAUGUUGAAUCUUUAUAACCCAAAGCAAAAUCAAACUGAAAUUGCAAGGUUUAAUCAAGUGAUUGAGAAUUAUCUUUCGUUAGUUGAUGAAUCAGUGAGUAAUGAACGUGUGGCAAAACUAUUGGAUAAUAGAUUACCGGUAAAUAAUGUCAAGGUUCAUCUUUUGCAUCGAGGCAAAAUUAAAUCGAACGCCAGAAUCUACGCUAUUCCAAAAGAUUUCCAUCAAUUGAUUGAAUCUCCUUAUAAGGAGGAAAUUAUUAGACAAUGUCCUACGAUUGAAAAGUUAAUCAAGUUGCAUAACACUAAUGACCUUAUCAAAAAUUGUCCAACAUUUGAGAAUUUGAUUGGAUUCGUGACCACAGGAGCAAUGAACCUUGAGAAAGGAUAUUACACUGGUCUUGGGUGUGUUAGCAGUGAAAGCAUUUACAAGAGUAGAUACCUGUAUUGUAUUAUAAGAAACCCGGGAAGUAAGACGGUUAGAGUAGGGGAGAUGUGCAUUUAUUAA